GUACUCCUAAUAUGUUUUACUGCAAAAUUGUGCUCAUUAUAAAAUUCGACGGCAUAUUAUUCCCUCGGUUCAGAACAAACUUGGGUGCAUAAAUCUUCGUGUUGGGAACUUUGGUCAUGUCAACUACAGGCAGCCAGCAUAAAAAUAAGGCUGCCACUUUAGGCCGAAUAAAAUGUUUCAUUUCCAGAGGACCCUUGAGUAAAAACCCAACUCAACUGAAUAAAAAGUGUGAUGGAAUACCCAGCUUUGCGUCACAGUUGUACACUGAGACGCUCCCAUUCACAAGGCUUGAAAAGUGGAAGCUCCCGGGAGGCAAUGGAAGUUGGCAGAAAUUUCCAGUCCACGACAUUUUGUCAGAAGUAUUUCUUCCUGCCAAUUUGGGAGAUAAAUUUGGACCCGUUUGGUCGACACAUUGGCUUAAAGUUCAUUUCAAUCUGCCCAAAACGUUGGAAGGCAAAGAGGUUCAUCUUCGAUUCAGUUCUGGGAGCGAAGCUACUCUUCGAGAUUUUCAAGGAUCUGUUUUAGGGGCUUUCUCCCCGGAUUUUCGAAACGAGUAUAUCAUCUCCAAAGAGUGGUCAGGGAAUGAAAGCGAUAUUGUAUAUUUUAUCGAAAUUGCCUGUAACGGGAUGUUCGGAGGAGGAAUGAUUGCAGACAAUCUCAACAUUAGCCCACCGGAUGAAGCGUUUGAAUAUACUUUGCAACGGCUGGAAAUUGCUGUUUUUAAUCGAGUUGCAUACAAAUUAUUGAAUGAUGUUGACGUUCUGUAUGGCAUGGCUACUGAGUUACUGGAAACAGACCAUCGCGGUUAUCAAGCCAUGUACACUGCUAACGAAAUGAUCAAUCUCAUCACAGAAAAUAAGACGCAGAAAGCCGGCCAACUUGCAGAUGCAUUUUUUGCUGAGAAAAAUGGCGACAAAGUGCAUACUUUAAUAGCAAUGGGUCACUGCCAUAUUGAUACAGCAUGGCUUUGGACUUAUGACGAAACUAUACGAAAAUGUGCAAGAUCUUGGCAUUCUCAGCUCCAACUAAUGAAAGAUUAUCCAGAGUUUGUAUUCACGUGCUCCCAAGCCCAGCAAUUUUACUGGAUCAAGAAAUACUAUCCAGAAAUAUUUACCAACAUUAAGGAAAUGGUGAAGCAGGGGCGCUUUAUUCCUGUUGGGGGCACGUGGGUUGAACUGGACGGACUUUUGCCUAGUGGAGAAUCCUUUAUUCGCCAAUUUUUCUACGGACAGCAAUUUUUUCAAAAAGAGUUUGGGAUGAAAUGCAAAGAGUUUUGGUUGCCGGAUACGUUUGGCUAUUCUGGACAAAUUCCUCAGAUUUUGAAGCAUGUCGGAAUUGAUCGAUUCUUAACUCAAAAACUAUCUUGGAGUAUGGUAAAUAAGUUCCCACACCAUAACUUUAUCUGGGAAGGCAUUGAUGGGAGUCAGGUCUUGGUACACUUUCCUCCAGGGGAUUCCUAUACAAUGACAGCAUCGGUGAAGGAGAUUUUGAAGUCUGUUACAAAUUCUCAAGACAAGGGAAGGGUUAACUGUGGAGCGUAUCUUUUUGGACAUGGAGAUGGUGGGGGUGGUCCCACGAUGGAAAUGCUCGAGAAGCUCAGACGGGUUCGGAAUGUAGACGGUCUUCCGAAAGUUGAAAUGGGAACUCCUGACAAGCUAUUCGAGAUGUUAGCCUCCGAAAGCCGAAACCUUUGCAAGUGGGUGGGAGAGCUAUAUCUAGAAUUGCACAAUGGGACUUAUACUUCACAAGCAAAAAUUAAAUGGUACAACCGGAAAUUGGAGCAGUUCUUGAUGGAGGUGGAGUUGAUUAUGGCAAUUGCAUAUUCCACUGAUUGUGCCCUACAAGAAGAGGAAUUUAGAAAAGAUUUGCAUUUGGUAGACAAAUGUUGGAAGCGACUCUUACUCAACCAAUUUCAUGAUGUAAUUCCUGGUUCUUGCAUUGAACGUGUGAAGGACGACGCCUGGCGAAUUUACAAAUGCGUUUGGAGUGAUUUGACAAAGCUUCAGACUAUUUACAACAACAAGCUACUUUUUGGGGCGGCUGAUAACGCAAACGUUCCGGUUAUAUUCAAUCCCUUAUGUUGGGAAGUUACGCAGGUCAUUUGUUCCAGUUCUGCCAUUCCCCAGUCAGUUAAUUCUACAGUCCAGACAGUGGUGUUAGACGACAAGUGUUUCGACGAAGAGGAGGAAGGACGUAAACUUCCACACAAGUUUGUGGCUGUACUUGUGAAGAUGGUACCGACCGGGUACUCGCAGGUUAUCCCAGUGGAACCAAGCCUCCCUGUUACUGUCAGAAAAACUACCAAUAAUAAUACUUCCCUCUUCAAUAUGUCGAAUGGGAAGUUAAACUUGAAAGUCGAAACUUUAAAUGGGAUUCCAGUUGAGAGCUUAGCCUUAGUUUCGAGCCGACAAGAUUAUAAUGAAGUUGAAGUUUUUAAGAAAGACACGAAACCAGGCAUGUUUUAUGUAUUUGAUGACGUGCCGUUGUUUUGGGAUUCUUGGGACGCUAUGGAUUACCACCUCGAGACACGAAAAGAAUUGGAAUGUCGUGAUACAAGUGGUCCUAUCAUCCUUGCUGAUGGGCCGCUCUUAUCAGCAUACAAAUGGAGCUGCACUUUUGGAUCUUCCAGCAAUUUUACUCGGUACACGAUCAUGAGAGCUGAUUCUCCCAUCCUCGAGUAUUUCCUGAUCAUUGACUGGAAAGAAUCUCACAAGUUUCUAAAGGUUGAAUUUCCUGUGGAUGUAUUGGCUCGAGAAGCUACAUAUGAAAUCCAGUAUGGGCACCUUCAACGGCCCACGCACAUUAACACGUCUUGGGACAUGGCAAAAUUUGAAGUCAGUGGACACAAAUGGAUGGACAUCUCCCAAGCUGAUCGAGGUGUGACUUUCAUCACGGAUUCAAAGUAUGGGUGGCAUGUCAGGGACAAUGUGGUUCAAUUAUCUCUUCUCAGGUCGCCUAAAAGUCCGGAUGGAAAUUGCGACAUGCACAAGCACUAUAUUCAUUAUGCAAUUUUACCACACGAAGGAACGUUCCAAUCGGCUGGAUCAAUAAGGAAAGCGUAUGAAUUUAAUUUUUUUGGAGCCAAUGACGUAUCCAUUUUGAACGUUGAUCAAGAUUAUUGGAAACGUGGCAUGACCAACAUGGUGACAACUGACAAUGAAGCAGUAAUUUUGGAAGCGAUAAAGGUGGCAUAUCAAGUAAAUCGAGCAUUAUGCAUUCGAAUGUAUGAGUCAUUUGGUGGAUCAGCUAGGGCACGAGUCAAUUUAGGAUUUUCAGCGACCAAAAUAGAGGAAUGUGACGGCCUUGAAAAUCCAUUAGACGAAUCCAAAUAUGUCGACACAGAUGGCAACAGUUUUCAAAUUAGACUGAAUCCAUUUCAGAUUAAAAGUUUUUUGGUCUAUUUUUAAAGUGUUGACUGUGUGUGUUUGUAAAAAUAAAAUAUCCAUUAAUAGCAAAAUUGAA